AUGAUACCCGCCCGCACAGGCACCCGACUCCCUCCCGAGCUCUGCGACGAGACCAUCGACCACCUAUGGGAUGAUAUCGACUCCCUCCGGGCCUGCAGCCUCACCUGCAAGGACUGGCUCCCCAGCAGCCGCUUCCACCUCUUCCGCAGCGUCCGCCUCCGCCAUGCCGACGAUCUGACCCGCUUCCGCGCCCUCCUUGCCUCAGCGCCCUCUGUCGCCCUCUGCGUCCGCAAGCUCUCCCUCAACGCAGACCACGCCGGCAUCGCCCCGGACGGUUCCCCCCGGGUCGACGACGGCUGGGUCGACGCCACCGCCGCUCUCUUUCCCCUGCUCACGCAUCUCACCGCCCUCGCCCUCGCCCGCAUCCGCUGGCACGCCCUCGCGCCCGCCACCCGCGCCGCCCUCACCGCCGCCGCCGACUCUAUCCGCCAGCUCUUCCUCUUCGACGUCUCCUUCGCCGCCUCGCGCGACGUCAUCCUCUUCCUCUCCGCCUUCCCCGCCCUGCGCGAGCUCUACUUCCAGUCCGUCUCCUGGGCGCACGACUCCCCGUCCCCGUUCGAGGACGCCGACGCCCCCGCCGACGCCCAGGAGCCCGCCGGCCGCAUGCAGCUCUCCUACCUCUUCCUCGACCCCGCGUCGUCCCCCACGCUCGUCACCGAGUGGCUCCUCCGCCGCCCGGACGAGCCCCGGCUGCAGACGAUCCAGCUCUGCUGGCGCGAGCUCGCCAACACCAAGCCCGUCGGCGACCUCCUCCGCGCGUCCGGCGCGUCCCUCGAGACCCUCCACGUCGAGUUCCCCACCGGCGACACCCCCGACCCCGCCCCCGCUCCCCCCAACGGUCCCGGUCCCGACCCUGUCCUGACCUUCGCGGACGAAGACCUCAGCCUGGCGCACAACACCGCGCUGCGCGCCCUGCACUUCGGCGGGCUCGACGCCCGCGCGUCGCGCGCCCCCGCCGGGCGCCGCCUCUUCCCGUGGGUCGCCGCGAUGCUCGGCGCGCUGCGCGCCCCGCGGCUCGAGGAGGUCUCGCUCGCGCUCGAGGUCGGCGCGCCCGCGGACCUCGCCGCGCUCGACUGGCCGCGCAUCGACGCGGGCCUCUGCCGGGACGAGCUCCGCGGGCUCGCGCGCGAGCUGAAGCGCGAGCUCGCGGAGAGGCUCGCGGGGUUCCGGGCGCGCGGUACGUUGUCCGUUUCGUGCAUCUAG